AAGCGCGCUCCCGGAGGACGCGCGCAACAGAUGCCAGGACAGAGGAGGCGCCAAGUAGGAGGAAGCGCUGCAGCAACAGCAGCAGCAGCAGCUGUCAGCCUCUGGUCCGCUUCAGUCCGCCUCUAAAACCACAACAGACCGCAUCUUGUCCCACUCAUGUUUGAGCAGAGCCGUGGACUCAUCUUCCACAGACACGGAGCAGCGCGCUGCCGGGACCCGGAAGAUGGAGGCAGAGAGUGUGAGCAUAUGGCCGCGUAUGGAGCCCUUCUUACUGGGUGCCCUGCAGGUGGCUCCUCCCACCAAACUCGGCCUGCACUACCUUCGCAAAAUGGCGAGCUAUGUGCGGACGCGGGACGGCUGCUUCCCCCUGCUGGGCUGGACCAUGUGGAGACACAUCGCCUGUGGGAAGCUGCAGCUUCCAGAGGAUCUGGCGUGGCUCUACUUUGAGACGUUUGACCUUCUCGUAGGUCACACAGCGGAGCAGAGGCUGGAGUGGGCGGAGUGUCUUUCCCAGUGCUCCUCGAAAAGUGAGCUGGAGCAGCAGAGGACGAAGUUGUCCGUGGACACGCUGCAGUUCCUCCUCUUCCUCUACAUCCAGCAGCUGAACCGCGUGUCCCUGCGAACGUCCCUGAUCGGCGAGGAGUGGCCCAGUCACCGCACUCGCUCCCCGUCUCCGUCAGACCGAGAAGCCAAGACCAGCUCUCAGAACAAGAACUGGGACGACCAGGCUCAUCUGUCUUUCGUCCAGAACCACCUCGCUGAGAUUCUGGAGCUGCUGGUGGAGCCAGGACAGAUGUCCCGGUCUGGACAGGCCCUGAGGGACUGUCAGAUCUCCCUGGAGGUCGUGCGGAGCCUCAGUCUCCUCCUGGAGGGCUCAGUGUCCCGCAGCAAAGUGGUGCAGCCGGUCCACCGUCUGCUGACCAGAGGUCCUCUGCAGACUCAGGCCGGCUUCUCCACAGCGAGCCACUCCUUCUCCCUGCACCAGCUGCUCUCCUGUCUGCAGCAGAACCUCACACUCAACCCGUUUGGCAUCACCGCCUGUCUGCUCUCAGGCAAGAAGCUGGCCUGGGCUCAACAAGUGGAAGGAGCCAUGAAGCGAGCCAAAAUAGCCAGGAACACUCACACGGCGCCGCCCGGCAGUAAGAUGGUGCUGAUGUCACAGGUCUUCAAACAGACGCUGGCGAAAACCUCGGACAAGCUGACGGGAGCCAACAUCAAGAUCCACAGAUGCUCCGACGCCUUCAUCUACCUGCUGUCGCCGCUCAGGUCGGUCAGUCUGGACAAAUGUCGGGACAGCUUAGUGGUUCUGGGUCCUGUGGAGACCAGCGUCCACAUCCACAGCUGUCAUAACGUGCGGGUGGUGUGUGUGGCCGGCAGGAUCGCCGUCGGAGCCUCCUCCCGCUGCACCAUCCACGCUUUGACCCCAACGCGGCCCCUGCUUCUGCCCGGGAACUCUGACCUCACAUUGGGGCCUUUCCACACAUUCUACCCCUCCCUGGAGGAUCACAUGGCCAACGUGGGUUUAGCCGUGGUUCCCAACGCCUGGGAUCAUCCUCUGCUGCUGGGAACCGAGGGCCUCAUCAACCCGUCAAACCCGGACCCCGCCUGCUACCGUCUGCUGCCCCCUGCUGACUUUCACGCCCUGGUGGUGCCGUUCAAGAUGGAGGGCGACACGUGUGAAGUGCCCGGCGGUUUACCCGCCAUGUAUCAGGCCACGCUCGACGACAAGCAGAAGAGGAUCCAGAGCUGGCAGAGGACGGUGAUGGAGGCGCGGCUUAACAAGGAGCAGAAGCAGAAGUUUGAGGAACUCGUGGGCGUUAAAUUCCACGAGUGGCUCCUGAAGACGGGGAACAGGCAGGAGCUGGACAGCCUCAUCCCUCCCACCAUGACACCGGUACACGAGUCCAACGGUCCCGCGACGGACUCGCUCUGACUUUUGACGAGACCUGGAGUCACGUGACGCCUGCUGAGCGCCUUUGGUUUUUGUCUGAACUGAGAAAUCCUGGACGCGACAAACGGAUGAUUCGUGUUACUGUUCGUUAAAGAACUGGGUCGAGUCUGUCGAUCCAGAAAAAAACGGCAGCUACUGUUGGUUCUUUAUGUCGAAGACUCAAAACCACACCGAACCAGAACUUUCUCCUUCCUUCCUCUAUCAUCGUUUUCUUGUUUUUGUUCUUCACGAGUUUUACACACACAUAAACUCACAGGCAUUGUUUCAAGAAAUGACUCUAAACGCUGUAGUAUUUAUGACCUGUAGGUGGCGCUGCCACCAAACACAGGAGAGGAAGUGUGGAGCUUGAUUUUGCGUUCCACUUGUAGUCGGAACUCGGAAUUUCCAACUCGGAGUGACCUCUGGGAUUCCAGGAUGGUACUGAUGAUACUUUGACCGUUAAUUUGCACUUUCUGUCGCAUUUGUUUACUAAAUCAGUUGUGAACGUAAACUGUUGCAGUUUUGUCAUCGUAGACUUGUUUCUACGGAGUUUGUGUGCGCAAAAUUCCACGUAGAGCGUUGUUAUCGACAACGGUAGCUAGUCCGAGUUAGGUUUACGCUUCCGACUUCUCUCCUGCGACACGGUGAACUUGGCGGUCGACGCCGCUCCCAGUUCCAAAAUGAAAAUUGAACGCAUAAAGAGCUAAGUAAAAAAUCCAAACACUUGGGGUGGGGCUUCGCCAACAUACGUUAUCGCGAUAUUGCAAAAAUAGUAUCGUACAUCACAUAUUUGCGAUGUACUCACACAGGCGCCUGGCACCAUCUGGGGGACUGAAAUCUUUUUUUUUUUUUUCCUGACUUCCAAGUUGCGACGUAAAUGGAUCUCGUAAAGCUCACGAACAAAAUACAGAAGAAGGUGGUGACGAGCUAUGACAUCAUUGUUUUUGCGAAGUUGCGAAUUUGUUGUUACACACGAAAACUAUUUUGUUAAUCUGGGUUUUUGAAAAAGUUACAUUUAGGAUCCUUUAAUCCGAUAAAAAUACUAACAAACGGUUUCGUGUGUAGGGGCCGUCUAUGUAUAGGGAUUUAAUUUGGUGAUUAAUAUUCUUUUGUUUGGAGGACAGAAAAUAAAGGGUUUUGGUCCCAAAAAUAAGGCGAGACAAAGCAGCGUAAUUUAAAUAUCCAGUAUUGUAGCAGUUAAAGUCACGACAUCAGAUGAAACGCGCAAACUCCGAUACAAUCCAGAAACUUUAAAAAUGAAGCUACGUGAAUUUAUUUUAACACAAAAGAAGGAAAAUUGUAUAAAAAUUGGUAUUGAAAAAAACCUCAAAAUGUUGCCGUUUUAUUAUCGGUGCAAAAAAAAUUCUGAAGUCUGCUCACAUAUUUAAAUUAUUUGUUAUUUUUCUUUUUAAAAAAAAUAAUAAAAAAUGGAGAAUGUAAAUAUUAAAUAAAUUCAGCACUUUGGUUUUUAACAAUGUUCAUUCAUUAGCUCAGGACAUAAGUGUGUUUUUUUUCCUUAAUUAUUUAGAAUUAAAUAAACUCACUUUUUUUGUGUUUGGUGGGGAAAAAAAGACAUUUUAACAAUUUUUUUUCUGUUCGUAACUGAACCGUGGAAAGUCGCGUCGUCGAUCGAGAACAGUGUUUCACAAACUUUGUGCGUCUGAAAGAUGUUUACUACAUUAAUUAAAACAUUCAUACAUACAUGUAUGUUUUAAAUUAUUUAGGGACCCAAAAAUAAUCUCCCGCGACUCAUCUGUGGGCCCCCGACCCAGACUUUGAGAACCACUGGACUUGAAACCAAAUUUUGUGCCAAAAGCAUGAGUUUGCAGAUAAUUAACCAUGUUUAUUUUUGUAUUAAUCCACAUACUAACAUGGAUAUUUUAGUAUUAUAUAAACGUAUAAAUAUACAGUAGAGUCUAUUUUUCAUAAAUCCUCGGUGCCUCCUCCCUCUCACGCUCUCACGCUUAGUUUUACUUUAAUCGAACACGACUGCUGCAGUUUUUAUUUCCUUCAUGAGCGUUGAAUGAAAAAAAUGUGAUGUCGUCGUCAGAAUGUUUAAGAAAAGAUGAAAAAUGCUGCUGUGAUGUGUUUUCACAAUGAAAGUGGCUCCGCCUCCUUCUUCCUGUUUGAAGAACAUGAUGAUAAAAUAAAAUAAAUGUUU